UACAGGUUUUGAGAUAUUUGAGUGCAUUAAUUAAAAUGAGUCACCCUGUAUAUUGUUGUUUUGAAGAUCGCAAACGUCGUGCCAAACGACGUUCAGGAAUAGAAUCAUGCGAUCGUCAUUGGUAAAAAUAGAUUGUAUAUACAUACCAUAUAGCCACUAUAUAAAUGUCCGUUGUACCGGAAGACUGACAUUUUAACUCGUGAGUUGACAAAGUAAAGAGUUGUGCGUUGUGAUAAUUGUGCAAUUAUAAUUAUAGUUAUUAAUUUUGGAUACACAUACAUGUGUGCCAUGUGUAAUUAAAGUAUUGUAUUAUUGUAACUCAUCAUUUUCUAUCACUUUUUACGUAAUUCUCUGACUUUGUAUCUAAAGAAUCAUUUGCUAAUAAAAUGUUGUGAUUGAUGUUUCGACGAAUAUUUAAAAGAUUCACUACAUAUUUUUGGUAUCAACAAAGAGAAGCAAAAGAAGCGGCAUUAGAACUAACAGAAGACCACUGCAUUUAUUAUAAAGUAUAUAUUUUUUUUUUAUAUAAUCACAGUUCAAAAGACAUACUUUAUUUUAAUAUUUUUUAUCAGAAUGAUGCAAUUUAAUGCCUUGAACGUUAUUACGUUGCUUUAUGCAACUUUCAAUGUUCUUAAUCCUCCACAAAGUCCAAUAACUCUAAAGGAAAUUGAAAUGAACGAGAAGAUUGAAUAUAUGUUGAGAGAAGUAGAAAAUGAUAAUGAAUUUGAAAUAGAACAGGAGGAUACUUUAGAUUUUUACAAUACAUAUGAAGUUCCAGAAGCAGAAAAUGUUGAUUUAUUACAAGAAAAUGAAGGGCAAGAAUAUCUUCCAGAAGAAGUUAUUUGCGCUUCCGUUGAAGCAAGUAUAUCACAUGACUAUAAAAAACAAGCAAUAGAUUAUUGGAAGAGCGGUAAAACAGGAGCAAGAUCGCUUGAAGGAGUUAAAAGAAGAUUUAGAAAGGUAACAUCUAUACGACAAUUACGACGGUGGGACAACCAAGUAAAUGAAGGCGGUAGUAGAACAGAAAAAUUAAAAAGGAUAUCUCAAUACACACUAAAUCGCUUCAAUGAAGCACUUGAAAAAGGAAUGAUUAUUCAUGACAUUGACAUCGCUCGAUGGGCAUCUCGAGCGCAAGAAGAAGAAAAUGUGGACAAAUUCAAAGCUUCAAUGACGUGGGUAAAAAGAUUCAAAAUUGCAUAUAAUAUUGUGUCUCGGAAAAUAACCAAAUUUGUCACGAAAAAAUCCUUAUUAUCAAAAUCAAAUUUUGAAAAUAAAUGCAAUACAUUUAUUGAAAACGUAAAAUAUUACAUUGGUAGAUAUGGAUUAGAAAAUAUUUAUAAUUCUGAUCAGAGCGGAUUUCAGUUAGAAUUUCAUUCCGGUCGUACGUUAUCACAUAAAGGCACAAAAAAGAUAGAAUCUGUAGUACAGUCCAUAUCAGCAACUACGCAUAGUUAUACUAUACAGCCGACAAUUUCAGCGGAUGGUAGAUUAUUGUCUCCGCUUUUCAUUGUUUUAAAGGAAGUAACAGGAACAUUUGGUCCUAGAGUACAGGAAACUAUGUUCAAAGCGCCUAAUAUUUUUGUUACGGCUUCUACAUCAGGAAAAUUAACGUCAAAUCAUGUAAAAACCUGGUUGAAAGAAGUAUUUUUUCCGAAUGUUGGGCCACAAUCUGUAUUAUUAUUAGAUUCUUGGAGUGGGCAUUGUCCCAACAUAAUAGCGGAAACUAGAACAGAUUAUGCAACAGAUAUUGUUUUUCUAACAAUUCCAGCCGGUACAACAGGACAAAUACAGCCAUUAGAUGUAUACGGCUUCCGAUUAUGGAAAAAUUUUAUUAGACAUUUUUCUGAUACUGUUUUAUUGUUAAAUCUUGCAAUUGAACUUCAUACUAGAAAUAAUAUUUUGAAAUUACAAUCAUUAACGCACCAUCAAUUCUCGUCGCCUAGGUUUCAAAGUUUAUUUCGAUAUGCAUGGUUUAAAAGUGGAUAUGUAGAGAUUAGACCAACAGAGUUUCAAACACCGGUUGAAUUUUGUUUCCAAAGGGAUUCGAAAGUAAAUUGCGAUAUUUGUGGCGAAACUGCCAUAAUUACUUGUUCUUGGUGUAAAAAAUCGCUUUGUAUUACACAUUUUUUCCAUGAUCAUCAUCUUUGUAACGAAUAUGUGCAAUAAAUAUAAUACAUUAUCCGUUCAUAUGCAA